UACGAAUCGUCAGACAGGAUGUGUAAGAAGCGCCCCGAGCUCCCUCACCGCUCUGUGGACAUGUGCGCUCGAUAGGCCCUUGAUUGUUCCAGCCUAGAGGUUCAUUUCCUGGUUGGGAGGGAGAACGCAGAAGAGACAGCUCCUUUCUCUCUUGCCUUAAAGGGAGACUAGCUUAAAGAGAGAGGAGGAAAAAAAAAUAGCAAAAAAAGGCUUGAGGCAUGCAAACACUCAGGGCUAGAGGUGGACGAGGGACCCUGGACGGGCACCGUACAGCCAGGCUUGUUUGACAGGGCUUAGCAGGGUUGCCAAAGCCUUUGCACAGGGGUACGUACAGAUUUUGAAAGAAGCCCGCGUUGCAACAGUGUACGUAAAGGAGGGACGAGACACACAGUAUCAAUAAAGAGACAAUAGGUGGUGUCUGUCACAUCGAUUUCCACCCCCCCCCCAACCAACCAACCAACCACCCAACAGCCUGGCAUUGGGUGACACGGAUUUAACUUGAAGAUUGUUGGGGGGGGUGGGGGGCAUAUUGUAAAAAAAAAUUCUUAAAAAAAAUGGAUAACCAGCAAGCAGCCGCUGGAGGAGAGGAUUCUCCGGGAAAGAACUCUGAGGUUGGCGGCGGCGGCAGCAGGAAUCCAAAAAGAAAACCCAACGAUCAAGACGACAGCAAAAACAAACCAAAGCUGAACAUUCAUAUAAAAACGUUGGCAGACGAUAUGCGGGACCGACUUACAAGUUUCCGGAAAUCAGGGGUGAAAAAAGAAAAGCCGCUCAUUCAGCACCCUACAGAUCCACAGGCCACCAUAGCAGAAUUCCCUGCUCCACAGCAACUUUUUGAUGAGCGCUCAUUGAACCUGUCUGAGAAGGAAAUCAUGGAUCUAUUUGAGAAAAUGAUGGAAGACAUGAAUCUGAAUGAGGAGAAGAAAGCGCCGCUGCGGCAGAAAGAUCUGUCCAGGAAGCAUGAGAUGGUGGUCCAGUACAUAUCCGCUACUGCCAAAUCGAUAACUGGGAGCAAACCCCCGGGCGGCCUGAAGAACAACAAGCACGAGUGCACGCUGUCCUCCCAAGAAUACGUGCACGAGCUGCGAUCCGGGAUAACCGAUGAAAAGCUGCUCAACUGUCUGGAGUCCCUAAGAGUCUCCCUGACCAGCAACCCCGUCAGCUGGGUUAACAACUUUGGACAUGAAGGCCUUGGACUUUUGUUGGACGUUCUGGAGAAACUGCUGGACAAGAAGCAACAAGAAAAUAUUGACAAAAAAAAUCAGCAUAAACUCAUCCAGUGCCUGAAAGCUUUCAUGAACAAUAAGUAUGGCCUGCAAAGGAUGUUGGAAGAGGAAAGAAGUUUAACUCUUCUAGCAAGAGCUAUUGAUCCAAAACAAGCCAACAUGAUGACCGAAAUCUUGAAGAUAUUGUCCGCCAUAUGCAUCGUUGGGGAGGAUAACAUUCUGGAGAAACUUCUUGAAGCGAUCAGUACAGCAGCUGAAAUCAACAGCAAAGAACGUUUUGCACCCAUUGUGGAAGGAUUAGAAAAUCAUGAAGCUCUUCAUGUCCAGGUUUCUUGUAUGCAAUUUAUAAACGCCCUUCUGACCUCUCCAGAAGAUCUGGACUUCAGGAUACAUCUGAGGAAUGAGUUCUUACGAUGCGGGUUAAAGCAAAUAUUACCUCAUCUAAAAGAAAAAGAAAAUGAUGAGCUUGAUAUCCAGUUAAAAGUAUUUGAUGAGAAUAAAGAAGAUGACCUCCUGGAACUUUCGCACCGCCUCAGGGACAUCCGUGCUGAAAUGGACGACAUUAAUGAAGUCUACCAUCUCCUCUACAAUAUGCUGAAGGACACCGCAUCUGAACCAUUCCUCUUAUCCAUUCUGCAGCAUUUUCUACUCAUCCGCAACGACUAUUACAUCAGGCCUCAGUACUAUAAGGUCAUAGAUGAAUGUGUUGGACAAAUCGUGCUACAAUGUGGAGGAAUGGAUCCCGACUUCAAAUACAAAGGACGGCUGGACGUAGAGUUCUCUCAUUUAGUUGAUUCCUUGGUGGACAAAGCAAAAGUUGAAGAGAGUGAGCAGAAAGCGUCUGAAUUCUCCAAGAAGUUUGAUGAAGAGUUCACGGCACGACAGGAGGCACAGGCCGAGCUUCAGAAGCGAGAGGAGAAAAUCAAAGAGCUGGAAACUGAAAUCCAGCAGCUGCGGACACAGGGUGCUAAACCAACAGGAGGUCCAAGUGCAACAACAGGUGGACCUCCACCACCACCUCCUCCACCACCACCGCCACUUUUUGGAGGAGCGGCCGCUGGUCCACCGCCGCCACCACCACUUCCUGGUGGAGGUCCACCUCCUCCUCCACCGCUUCCUGGAGUUCCCCUGCCUCCUCCUCUAAUGGGAGGCCCACCACCACCACCACCUUUUGGAGGCAUACGAUUUUCAGGACCUAUGGCUCCACCACCUGUAACGUUGCCUUUUGGGAUGAAACCAAAGAAAGAAUACAAACCGGAGACAACAAUGAAGAGAAUAAAUUGGUCAAAGGUUGAACCACAAGAGCUGUCAGAGUCUUCUUUUUGGAUCAAGGCCCAUGAAGUAAAGUUUGAAUACCCAGAACUUUUUAAACAAUUGUCUCAGACUUUUGCAACACAUCAGAAAGUUAAGAAAGCUUUGGAAGAAGAAGAGGAAAGAAAACCAGUGGUGGCCAAGAAGAAAGUCAAGGAACUGAGAGUCUUGGAUAGUAAAACAGCCCAGAAUCUUUCUAUCUUCUUGGGAUCUUAUCGAAUGUCUUAUGAAGAAAUUAAGAACAUCAUCUUAGAGGUGGAUGAAGAGAAAUUGUCUGAAUCUUUAAUUCAGAACUUGAUAAAGAAUCUUCCGGAGCAGAAGGAGCUGAGUUCACUGUCACAGCUGAAGAGCGAGUACGAUGAUCUGUGCGAGCCGGAGCAAUUUGGCAUAGUGAUGAGCACAGUGAAAAUGCUGCGGCCACGUCUUAACGGGAUCCUCUUCAAGUUGACCUUUGAGGAACAUAUAAGCAACAUCAAGCCUGACAUCAUAGCAGUGACACUGGCCUGUGAGGAGCUAAAGAAGAGUGAAAACUUCAAGAAAAUUCUAGAACUGGUGUUACUGGUGGGAAAUUAUAUGAACUCUGGCUCCAGAAAUGCAAAGUCCCUCGGCUUUAAUAUCAGUUUCCUCUGCAAGAUUCGAGACACAAAGUCUUCGGACCAAAAAUCUACUUUGUUACACUUUCUUGCUGAAGUCUGUGAAGAAAGGUUUAAAGAUAUCCUCAAAUUCCCUGAUGAACUUGAACAUGUGGAGAGCGCCAGCAAAGUUUCUGCUCAGAACCUGAAGGCCAGCCUGGAUGCUAUGGACCACCAAAUAAAACGAAUUGAAGGUGACAUCAAAAACUUCCCCAAAACGGAUAACCCGAACGAUAAGUUUGUGGAGAAAAUGAAUACCUUUGCAAAGAGUGCCCGGGAGCAGUACGAGAAGCUUUCCAACAUGUACAACAACAUGAACAAGCUCUACAGUAACCUGGGAGAGUACUUGACCUUCGAUCCCAAAGCAGUCAGUGUGGAGGAAUUCUUCGGAGAUCUCAGCAGUUUCCGCUCACUCUUCUUGGAGGCGGUCAAAGAGAAUAACAAGAGGCGAGAAAUGGAAGAAAAGAUGAAACGAGCGAAGAUCGCAAAGGAAAAAGCCGAGCGUGAAAAGAUGGAGCGAAUGCAAAAGAAGAAGCUGUUGAUUGAUAUGAAUAAAGAGGGUGACGAGACAGGAGUUAUGGAUAGUCUGCUCGAGGCCUUACAGUCAGGCGCGGCGUUCAGAGACCGCAGAAAACGAACUCCGAAAGCCAACGAAAAUCGGGUACCGGCGUUGGAGAGGUCACGCUCCAGGCACCAGGGACGGAUGGUAGCUACAUGAGUCUCCAGACACACCAAAGAGAUUUUGGCACUGCUCCCUCAACCAAUAGAACAAGAACAACGCUGAGUGUGCAAAGAACUUCAGCUCAGAAGGGAAGAAGGGAAACAGAAAGCUGACAAAAAAUUCUAUAUCAAAGGAACGUCCUUAAUAUCAAGCUGGAUUUCGUCUUUUCGGGGGGGGGGGCGAAAUUCUAAAAUGUUUUUUGUUGACAGUGUUAGAGACAUCCAGUAAAAUAUUGCUACUUUUUGACUUCCAGUUGUGACAGGGACAAAAGAUAUUCUAAUUUGUAGGUCUAAUAUUUUAGUUAAAAGUUUUAUUAUAUAUGGAGUUUACUAUAGCGAGGAUUUGUGACUAUUUUGAAGUAUUUUUACUUGCAAGAACCAGGAAUGAUCCUUGGUUCGUAAGUAGUGUUGGGUGAGCAUGCUCAGCCGAAUAUCGCAUGUGCUUGAGCUCGAUGCUCGAGUCAGUGUAUUUAAAUCUAAUUUAGCCUCUAUUUCUGAAAAGUUUCUGGCGGGAUUCAAACUCACAACC